AUGGCAGCCGCCAUCAGCGCCGCGCGCUCCUCUGCGGGCCGCGUCAAUGGCUUGUUUUCGCCCCGUCAAGCCCGCCUCAACACGGUGCUCGCCUGUCUCCUCCACAGCUUCGCGCCCGUCGUCAGAGCUCUGCCUGUCUUCCAGCGCGCCGUCCACGCCUUCGCGGACGACGACCUGCCGAAAUCGCCCCAGGAUGCGAGCUUGUGGGUGUACCUUGGCACCGCGAUUGCCCUGGUCUUGCUUGGAGGCGCCUUCGCCGGCCUGACCAUAGCGCUUAUGGGCCAGGACGAGAUCUAUCUUCAGGUUAUCGCGUCGUCCGGCGAGGGCGCCGAGCGGAAGCAUGCGAGGAAGGUGCUACGGCUCCUCAAGAAGGGCAAACACUGGGUCCUGGUGACGCUGCUGUUGAGCAACGUCAUCACCAACGAGACGCUGCCCAUCGUGCUCGACCGCUCUCUAGGAGGAGGCUGGCCUGCUGUCCUCAGCUCCACCGUCCUUAUCGUUAUUUUCGGCGAGGUCGUCCCCCAGUCGAUAUGCGUGCGUUACGGAUUGCCCAUCGGCGCCUGGAUGUCGCCCGUCGUCCUCGGCCUCAUGUACAUCAUGGCCCCCGUCGCAUGGCCGACCGCGAAGCUGCUCGACUACCUCCUCGGCGAAGACCACGGCACGACAUACAAGAAAGCGGGCUUGAAGACUUUGGUCACACUUCACAAGACGUUAGGCACGAGUCCGGAUGAGCGACUCAAUGAGGACGAAGUCACCAUCAUCACCGCCGUGCUGGACCUCAAGGCCAAGGCUGUCGGCAGCAUUAUGACGCCUAUGGACGAUGUCUUCACCCUGUCGUCCGAUACCGUCCUGGACGAGGGGAUGAUGGAAUCCAUACUAUCUGCCGGCUACUCCCGGAUACCUAUCCAUACUCCCGACAACCCGGAAAAUUUUGUCGGCAUGCUUCUCGUCAAGAUGCUCAUCACGUAUGACCCCGAGGAUGCCCUGCAUGUUCGCGAUUUUGCCCUGGCCACUCUUCCGGAAACCCGUCCCGAGACGAGCUGCUUAGACAUCAUCAACUUCUUCCAAGAGGGAAAGUCACACAUGGUGCUUGUUUCCGAUUACCCCGGCGAGACGCAUGGCGCCGUUGGCGUUGUUACUCUGGAAGAUGUCAUUGAAGAGCUGAUUGGGGAGGAGAUUAUCGAUGAAUCAGACGUGUUCGUCGACAUCCACAAGGCCAUCCGUCGAAUGGCCCCCGCCCCGCGAAUGCGUGUUCCCAAAGGCGCAAUCGUGACUGAUGCGUCGGUGCGAAAGCAAUCGGAGGCGAAAAAAGAUGGCGAUACGGACGCUGAUCAGGCUGGAGCGAACGGCCAGAGGAAGCUGUCUCUGCCGGAGACCCCUGGAGGGAAGCCGACCACAUUCCUCGUCCGGCGCCGUAGCAGCGGCACCGGGGGCUCGCUGGAUCGAGGCACUCUGACCCUUGCGCUCCGCAGCGACGACCCUGACUUCAGGCAGCAUUUGAAGCAUCUAGGGCCUUCGAAUGUAGCCACAAGGCCCAAGUCUACCCGUAUUCCCACUGUCAAGAUCAAGCCCGGCAUCCCGAACACAAUUCCCGAAAAUGCCCAGGGCUUUGUAAAAGGCUCCGACGUGGCCUCUCCACACGCUCCCCAGGGCGGAGUCGGCGAGGGCUUGCUAGACUCUGCAGGCCUUGAAGCCAGUGAUGGUGUCCAUAGUCUCGCAGUGGGUUAUGGUACCAUGGCGUCUGACCGUAUGUCCUGGAAGAAUGGCAAUUCAAGGCUAAAGCCUGCAGAUGACGAUGAGCCCGCAUCACCGAAGUCAUCAACGGCGGUCGAGACCACAAGGAUUAUUAUCAACAGUCGGGACGAGCCCUCGCGUUCCCGCGGGCGUUCGCGGUCCACUAGCACGCUUGGCUCAUUGCACCCUGUUCCCUCACAUUCUGGCAGCCCGCCGAGGAAACGGCACACAGCACGCAGCGGCAGCAUCUCGGAAAAUAUCGUUGACGUGAACGGAGUGAAGAAGAUCGUCUUGGAGACCACCAGUUCAAGUGACGAUGAGAACAGAGGCAUUACCCAGACUGACGGUGCGCAAGAUCACAAACAAGCUUCCGAGGCGGAGAGUCAUGGUACGGGUAGUCAUGGGGGCGGUGGCAAGAAGAAGCGGAAGAAGCGAGGUAAGAAGAAGAAGAAUGCUGGAGGAACUGGAGGCGAGUCGCAGCCGCUUUUGAGCGGUGAGCACAGCUAAACGUGAAAUGUCUUGUUGAUGCUUUGUGUCCAGGCGUUGUCAGCGAAGCUGUGUUAUUCUUGUUUCCCGGCUUCAAAAGAUUUUUCUAGGCAUCGAUCGCAAAACACGGCGCAGUAAUGGGAGGCUGUCCUGUUAUCUGUAUCUUUGUAUUAUACAUCAGCUUGGCCGUAUGAGAG